CUCCACGGCAUAAUACUCGCUCAAUUCUCCCACUUCAUAAAAUCACGCACUUUGUCGUCGACUCCGCCUUGCUGCCGUGUCGCCGCAGACACCUGCGUGUUGUGCCACCGCUGCCGUCACCUGAUUCGUCCUCUGCAGCCGCUCCACCCGCCUUGGCUCUUCCCGUCGUCCACCUAUCGUGAAAAUGGCAAUUGCACCCGCACAAAUUCCUACUAGCUUUGGCCAUGAGUUGAGGGCAUGUCUUCGUUGUCGCCUUGUCAAAACCUAUGAUCAGUUCCGAGAGUCGGGCUGUGAGAACUGCCAGUUCUUUAAGAUGGAAGAAGAUCAUGAGCGUGUUGUUGAAUGCACUACUCCUAAUUUUAAUGGGAUCAUUUCUGUUAUGGAUCCCUCUCGCAGCUGGGCUGCCCGAUGGUUGCGCAUUGCCGUCCGGUUGUCUCCUAGCUUUGACGGGGGGGAGGUACCUGAAAAGGCACUCCGACGCUCAAGUUAGGCGUGUAUUAGAGAUUCUCUUGUUGGAAGAGAACUGAUGAGAGAUAUGUUGCAUGCAGUGUGAGUGAAGUGUAUUCAGAGAGCGUACCUUGUUUGGAAUCCUCUGGCCUUUAUUUAUAGGCUUUGGAUUGAUAUAAUAUUAACAGUAAUAUAAACAGAAUAAAAUAUAAUCUUACUUGACAUAUCUCUGUUAUAAUAUCUUUAUAAGAUAUAUCGAAUGAUAUAUUCUCGUGAAUAUUUUAUACGCCGGCCUUUUAUACUGGAAUCUGGAAUUGGGCCUUGAGCCCAAUGGGAUGUGUGGGCUACUUGUCCACUAAGACCGUUCGGUCUUUAGUUAUUUCCGAUCGUUGGAAAUAUAGGAUCGUACAAAAACGAAUGUAAUGGAAAGACAAAGGGAUAAAAAACAUUUUUUCUCUUAGCAAAAUUAUGAUGAGAUGGGAGUAGUUCUUUGGAAUAUGCAUCAUGACAUUUUUUUUAUUUAAGUUUUUCAUUUUAUUUCACAUUCUUUAACUUUAUAAUCAUAUUUUCAAGAUCUAAGACAUAAUUUGAAAACCCAUGAACUUGUAUUUGAAUAGGAACAAAUAUAAUGAUGGAUGGUGUUCUCUACUUUAUUGUUUGCUUGAUACUAAAUUUCUAUCUAAAUUAAAAACUUGUAUUGACGUUAAGUGGUAAAAUUU